GGUCCUCACAUACCCGGAAUGGAAAACUUUGCACGAAAACAAAAACAGAAGCAAAAACCCAAUUUUCUCUCUCUUCAUUCCCUCUCUCUUUCUCUGUCUCUCAUCACUCUCUCUCUUUGAUCCAUGCUUCCCGACCCAGAAACCCAAAUAGAUUGUUUGGUUGAAAUCUCAGAUUAAUUGAAGAAAGAAAAAUAAAACCCAGUUGUUGAAUCUCCAAUGCGGUCUUCCAAAAGACCACAAAGAAGCAAAUAUUUGAGCAAGGGCCAUAGAUCUGAAUUAGGCAGCGUUGAAUCUCAGAGUGGGUAUUGUCGGUGGGGGAUUGCUAUUGGGGUUUGUGGGUUUGGAUCUAAUGGUGAGGGCAUGGGUGGUAGUGGCAUUAAGUUGGGGUGGUUUCGGUGCUAUAGGUAUUGCUAGGGUGUUGAACAAGAAGGAGGGGCUGCAUAGACGACGAUGCAGCUUCACUUCUCGCCUAGUAUGAGAAGCAUAACGAUCUCGAGCAGCAAUGGGUUUAUUGACUUGAUGAAGAUCAAGGUCGCAGCUCGCCACAUCUCUUAUCGAACCGUUUUCCACACCAUUCUAAUCCUCGCUUUCUUAUUGCCCUUCGUCUUCAUUCUCACUGCUGUUGUUACUCUUGAAGGUGUCAACAAGUGCUCCUCAUUUGAUUGUUUAGGUAGGCGUUUGGGACCAAGGCUUCUGGGUAGGGUUGAUGAUUCAGGGCAGAGACUGGUUAGAGACUUUUACAAGAUUCUAAAUCAAGUGAACACUGAAGAAAUCCCAGCUGGUCUGAAGCUACCAGAUUCAUUUAAUCAACUUGUUUCUGAAAUGAAGAACAACCAGUAUGAUGCAAGGACCUUUGCUUUCAUGUUAAGAGCAAUGAUGGAAAAUUUUGAAAGGGAAAUCAGAGAGUCUAAGUUUUCAGAGUUGAUGAACAAACACUUUGCGGCAAGUUCUGUACCCAAAGGCAUCCACUGUCUGUCUCUACGUUUGACUGAUGAAUAUUCAUCCAAUGCUCAUGCACGCAAACAAUUGCCUCCUCCAGAGUUACUGCCUUUGCUCUCUGACAACUCUUAUCACCACUUUAUCCUAUCAACUGAUAACAUUCUGGCUGCUUCAGUUGUUGUUGCUUCUGCUGUCCAGUCAUCUCUAAAACCUGAAAAGAUAGUCUUCCAUAUCAUUACUGACAAGAAAACCUAUGCGGGUAUGCACUCAUGGUUUGCACUCAACCCUGUCUCCCCGGCUAUUGUUGAAGUGAAAGGCGUGCACCAGUUUGAUUGGUUAACAAGAGAAAAUGUUCCAGUCCUUGAAGCUGUAGAAAAUCAAAAUGGGAUCAGGAAUUAUUACCAUGGGAAUCAUAUUGCAGGGGCUAAUCUUAGUUCUACAACUCCACGAACAUUUGCAUCAAAAUUGCAGGCUAGAAGUCCAAAAUACAUAUCCUUACUCAAUCAUCUUCGUAUAUAUAUCCCUGAGCUAUUUCCCAACCUUGACAAGGUAGUUUUCCUAGACGAUGAUGUUGUGAUUCAGCGAGACUUAUCACCACUUUGGGAAAUUGACCUUGGGGGAAAGGUCAACGGAGCUGUCGAAACUUGUAGAGGUGAAGAUGAGUGGGUCUACUUCAAUUUUUCGCAUCCCCUUGUAGCAAAGAAUUUGGACCCUGAAGAAUGUGCAUGGGCUUAUGGGAUGAAUAUUUUUGAUCUCAGUACAUGGAGAAAAACAAAUAUAAGAGAAACUUACCAUUCCUGGCUGAAAGAGAAUCUGAAGUCAAACCUGACAAUGUGGAAGCUUGGAACCCUACCACCCGCUUUAAUUGCAUUUAGAGGUCAUGUUCACCCAAUUGAUCCAUCAUGGCACAUGCUUGGAUUGGGUUAUCAAAAUAAAACCAAUCUUGAGAGUGUGGCAAGGGUUGCAGUUAUCCACUAUAAUGGUCAGUCAAAACCAUGGUUGCAGAUUGGCUUUGAGCAUCUUCGGCCAUUUUGGACCAAGUAUGUCAACUACUCGAAUGAUUUUGUUAGGAACUGCCACAUCUUGGAUUCAUAGUUGAUCAUCUGGAGGUGCUAAAAACAGGAGAUGGGACAGGAAAUGACAAGAGUUAUAUGGGAUUCAUGAAGUUUUUUUGCAGCUCGAAAUUUUUUCGAGAUCUAUUUGAGAAGACAAGCAGAAAAUUCACCGAUAGGGUAGAACUUCCCAGUUCAAGAAUCACUUUCAUCCCUUGAAAUUCUGCAGACAAUGACCAGCAUCAUAUUAUCACAGCAUGAGAUUCAUUCUUUCAUUCUGUAACAUAGCAAUCUGUCCUCAUUUUUUGGUUCGGAGAAGGAUAGUAUUAUUGGUCUUCAUGGCGGGGAUUUUGCAUGAUUCCUUAGCACAUAUAUCAGAAUAAAGUGAAAUUCAGAUGACAAGUGCCUUAUGUCAAUACCAUCAUACUGGUUGGUGUAGCGAAGAGAAAAGCUGGACAGGUCUUUUGUGAGGCUCUCCCAUUAGCCCAGAUAUGUUUUUUCACUUUCAUUUUUUUGCCCUUUAAAAAUCUUUUCUUGUCUUCAUUUUUGUUAGCACCCAUUUCUUCCCCUCUUUAUUUGAUAUCAUGAUGUUGAACUUUAGGAGUAGAACAUGGAGAUUGUUCUGUUACAGGUCCCAUUGAAUUGGGGAGCUGUUUUUAGGUUAUAUAUCGGUAUUUGUUUAUGUACUGUUCACGAGAGAUUUAAAAUGUGCAGAUAAAUUCUUUUUCCUGGAUUUUA